AUGUCUGCGCAAAAUCAUAACCAGAACUUCAAGCUGGAGAAUGUCUUCAGCGUCAGGAAGAGAGUUGGUCUUGUCACCGGCGGCGGUUCCGGGAUUGGCUUAAUGGCAACCCAAGCACUCGCUGUGAAUGGUGCCAAAGUCUACAUUACGGGUCGCACCGGCGAGAAACUUGACCGUGUUGCGGAGCUGUAUUCCAAAGGAAUCCCGGGACAGAUUAUUCCCAUUGCUGCCGAUGUCACCUCAAAACAGUCUAUCCAACGAUUAGUGAAUGAAAUCUCGGCCAAGGAGAGCAAAUUGCACAUCUUGAUCAACAACGCUGGCAUCAGCUCUUUGACUCAGAACACAGAGCUGGAAGAUCCCAAGCAGCUCCAACAAGAGCUAUUCAAAAAUGAAGACUCCGUUGAAGAAUGGGAAGAAGUAAUGCGGACAAAUGUGACGCAACUCUUCUUCACAACGACCGCGUUCCUUCCAUUGCUUAACAAGAGAACUGUCGAGGAGCACGGUUGGUCUAGUACCGUCGUGAAUAUCUCAUCGAUUUCUGGUCUUGUCAAGUCCUCUCAGCAUCAUUUCGCGUAUAACUCGAGCAAAGCGGCCGCUGUGCAUCUAACUAAAAUGCUUGCGCACGAGUUGGUCACAUCCAAUCUCAAGAUCCGUGUCAAUAAUAUUGCCCCAGGUGUCUUUCCAUCAGAAAUGACCACUGAGGGUAGUGAUGAAAAACAGAAGAGCAAUAUCCCCAAGGAGAAGUUUGAAGGCAAAGUUCCAGCUGGACGCCCAGGCAAAGACGAAGAUAUGGCCGGGGCCAUUCUCUUUACUACGUCGAACCAAUAG